AUGCAAAAACCAGGCUCAUAUCUCGAUUCUUAAUCACUUGCUAGCAUAAGGCACUAUAAACACCAGGAUUCACAAGAUUAGGCUCAUAAUCUCAUAGAUCACUCAAAUAAUUUGUAAACCUUGAUGUAGAAUACAUUCCAAGUGGAAAAUAAUGCUCUGUGCAUGGCUGUAAAAAUGAUCCUUUUUAAAACAAUAGAUAGUCUGAGAUAGAAGAUAAAAUUUUUAAUGCAGUAGAAAUUUAACAUUGGAAACUCCAACAAAAUAGACUUAUCGAUACUCAAAUAAAUUUUUGAUUGCCUCGACAAGAAUCGUGACAAUAUUAUUACUAUCACUGAAAUGCAGACCUACCUUAAAUAAAACGAAUUUAGAUUUGAGGAGAAAGAUCUUAAAUUGCUCUAUCAAUUGUUUGGAAAGAAAAAUGGGCAGUCUAUAACAGGAAGUUUCAUUCCAGGAUUUGACUUGGAAUCCUUUGGUAAAUAUUUCUGGGGUGUGAUAGUCAGAGAAGAUGAUGUUCUUGAUUUGGUUGUAUCAAAUAUGAUGCCUUCUUUCCCCUAAUAUGGAGUGUCUCCUAAAAAUUUUAAUUCUACUUAUUAAUCAAAGUAAGAAAAGAGUUUAUAAAGAAAUACUGGACAAGUAAGAGCUGCCUCUUAACAAGACUUUCUAGAUUUCACUUAAAAUGAACUUAUAAAAAAAGAAUGGCUAUUAAAAAGUAAACUCAGCACUUAUUUUAGCACUUCUAAGCAAGCAUAUUUAACUCUAAAGCGUUCAAGAGAUGGGUUAGAAGGGGACAAAUUAAAACUAAAAGAUAUUCAAUCAUAUUUGCAAAAUCAAGAAAAUGAAUAAAAUCUCUCAGACAUCAAGUUUUUGAGGUAGUUAUUUAAACUUAGAGAGAUGAUCGUAAAUGAUGAAACCGAAGAAAUAGAAUUUGAGCCUUUUAGAAGGUGGAUGGGAACAUCCCUAGAGAGGAGAGAAAACUUCUAUUUUAGACACGACACUUAGGAAAAUCCCCACUUUAAUCAAAUCGUAUUUUAAGAAGGAGCUAAUUCUCCCAAAAAAAUGAUGAAUAUACAUCCGUUAUAAAGAUCUUCGAGCACAUAGCAUAUUAGAUAAAAUAGGGCUAAUUUCAAUAAAAAUCUUACAGCCACUUCUUAGAAAAACGAGUUACUUAAUGACUUAAUUGACAAAAUUAAGAAUAAAUAUAAUACCAUCAGCAAAGCAUUCUCAGAGAUGAAUUACAUCAAAGAAUCAUAAAAUGCCAUUACCAAGCAGUCAUUCGGAAAAGUCCUUGUUGAGCUAGGAUACUUUUUAGAUGAAGAAACAGCAAAUGAAUUGUAUUCUUAAUUUGAUGUUGAUAAAGAUGGAAUCUUGAAUAAAAAUGACUUUUACAAAGUAAUGGGACAAAAUAUGAUGCCAUCGAUCGAAGAUUUUUAAAAGAUUGAAAUACCAGCAUUUGACAGACAUAGAUGCAGAGAUCUAUUCUGCUUGGUAAAAUUUAUAAACUUAAUUAUUUUAUAGAAAACAGUUGAGAAUGACGAGAUUCUCUGCUAAGUUCACUAAUAAGCUGCAAUGGAUUACUCCAUUGAUUUGCUUCAAAAGAUUAGAUCAUGCUUUGAUGAUGAUAACUGUUGGCAAGAUUUUCUUAAUACUUUGUUAAACGAAAACUAUACUUUUGAAACUCUAGCUAAAUUAGUUAAUCCAUUAAUGAGAUAAAUCUAAGAUGACAUUGACUAGAUAAGAACGGAUAUAUCAUAUCUUCAAUUCACUUUAAGAUCUAACAAACAAAAUUUGAUUCAUAGCGCAUUAGGCUUGAAUUAAGGUUCAAACAGACUAAAGACUUCAAAUUCUAGAAAAAUGACUAUAAAACAUUAGUAAUUCUUGAAGCACAUCAGUGAGUCUGCUAGGUAAUUCAAUAAAGAAUCUUUAAGAUCGAGUAGUCAAAAUCCUGUUAGUAUUAAUACUAUAAUUUAAAAGCAAUCUUUAAAUAAGCAAAAAGAUAUCAGUGAGAAUUCAGCUUUAAGUCUAAUCUUACGUUAUUAUCAAGAAAACUAAGAAUAGCUUUUACAAUUAAAAAAACUAUUAAGAAAAUUUGAUAAUGAUAAAACAGGAUAUAUUGAGAUUAAUCACUUUAUUGAUGUGGUCAAGACUAAAAUACCAUCAUUUAAUGACACCUAAAUGGAAUAGGAAUUCAAGUAGUAGAUAUCUAAGUUUGUCUCAUAGAGUCAUAUUUCAACAUUCAACUUCAAAUUAUUCUUUGAUGAGUAUCUUCCUGUGAAUACAGUUAUUGACUAAGCCAAGAUUUUAAACUAAAAUCUACUUAAUACUAUAAAGCAAAAUGGAAGCAAUAAGAAAUCUUACUUCAAUAGCAGUCAAUUUAAAUAUUCUCUAUCUGGUUUAGGUGAUACUUCAGACACUUUAGCCUCAAAGAUGGGUUCAAGAAUUAGUGGUAAUCACACUCCAUAAAAUGGAGCACUUACUUAGAGAAUUGGCUCUGAUACUUUUAGAGACAAUUAUUUCUCUACUACUUCGCUAAACCCUCUACUGGCAUCUUAGUUUGAUUCAAAUUUACUGAAGUUAAGAUCAAAAUUAGAAUAUGAAUGGAAAAAUAUUUAUAAGCAAUGCUUGCUUAACGACAUAGCAAAGUCAGGCUAUGUUAAGGUUAAGUCACUAGAGAAGAUUUUUUCGAGCUUGAAAGUUUUUGCUUCAAAUGAGGAUCUUACCAAGUUAGUUUAGAUAGUGAAUACCAAUGAUGAGAAUUCAAGAUACAGUGAAAUUAAUUACAUGAAACUCGCUGAGUUAAUGCACUUGCCCAAAUUGUUUGAGGGAGGAUAGACUGGCAAAUAUCUUGAAAAAGUUAAUUUGCUAAAAUAAAGCAAGGCCAUUUCUGAUAACUAAGAAUAGCUAAACAAAAAGACAAAUAAGACUUUGAUGAACUGGAGACCAUAAACAAGUCUAAUGAAUUGA